UCCACCAGCACUGUCUGAAUCCGUCUGUCCGAAGUUCUCAAUAAAAACUUCGAAAAAGUAUUUGAAAGCGAAGCCGUGCUUCCUCUUCGCUAUACAAAUAGAAAUAUGAUUGGAAACUUCAUGAUUUAAAGAGGCUUUGAGCGACAGAAGGCACCCAAAGGCGGGAAAGGGGAGGUAGAACAAAAAAAACAGACAGGGUGGGACCGAGGCAUGACAGGACAGCGAAAGCAGUAGAAAAUAGAGACAAGGAGAGCUGGUGCAAGGGGGAGUACGUUUUCCGCCGAUCUGUCUGCUUUCCAACCCCAGGUUGGGAUCUGGUCGCGGGUCUGGAACUGAACUAUGAGCUCCCUGCUGCUGCUGUACCUUUGGCUGCACAGCUGCGUCCUAGUGAAUGGGUUCCGCGCUUUUGCGUCGGAUCCCAGGGUGCGGGCCAAAUCGGUGCAAGUCGACGCCGACCUCGCUCGCCACCUGCGCACCGUCAGCCCUCGGUUCCUGUCCGUAGCCCUGGACGCCUCUCUUCUACGGCAACAUGCCCUGGAUUUAUUACAAUCAGAGAAGCUAAUCACCUUAACAAGAGCCCUGUCACCUGGAUAUCUGAGGUUUGGCGGAACUGGAGCUGAUUUUGUUCUGUUUGAACCUAAUGACCCUCGACUUUCACCAUAUGAACAUAGCUGGAAGUCACCAAAAUCACAAGAUAUCCAUCCAUAUUUGCUUCCUUUGGAACUGGAAGAGUAUCUGAUACAUCUUUGGAGUUUGCAAGCACCUCUCAUGGCGAAAAAUGAAUUCCAAGGGCUCUUUAAGAACAUGACAAUUUCAGGAAGAACUUUGGACAUCCUGUACAGUUUUGCAAAUUGCUCUGGGCUUCAUUUAAUCUUUGGACUUAAUGCCUUGUUAAGGAAAAAUCAUGUAUGGGACAGUUCAAAUGCUCAAGAGCUUCUUCAAUACUGUGCAUUGAAACAAUAUAACAUGUCCUGGGAACUUGGCAAUGAACCCAACAGUUUUAGAAGGAAAGCGGGUAUAAAAGUUCGUGGCACUCAGCUUGGAGAGGACUUCCAGCACCUGUAUAGUCUGCUGCAUAUGUUCAGGACAUUCAACCACACAGGACUGUAUGGUCCUGACAUUGGGCAACCUCGGAGACGCCCAAUUAUAACCAUGCUAAAGGGGUUUCUUGAGACUGGAGGGGAAAUCCUUAAUGCAGUCACCUGGCACCAUUAUUAUGUGAAUGGGAGGAACACAUCACUGAAGGACUUCCUGAGCCCCCAGGUGUUAGACAGCCUUGUGUGGAGAAUUAAUGAAAUUCUUCAGGUUGUGGCUAAAACUGUUCCUGGCAAGAAGGUAUGGUUGGGGGAGACCAGUUCAGCCUAUGGAGGAGGAGCUCCUGAUCUAUCAAAUAGAUAUGUAGCUGGCUUUAUGUGGUUGGACAAACUUGGACUGUCUGCUAAACUGGGCAUUGACGUUGUCAUCAGGCAGGUUUUGUUUGGGGCAGCAUAUUACCAGCUGGUUGAUUGGCACCUUGAUCCUUUGCCUGAUUACUGGCUUUCCUUAAUUUAUAAAAAACUGGUAGGCAUCAAGGUGUUGAAUAUAUCUUCUACACAGAGUGAUGGAGGAAACAAGGGAACUUUACGUGUGUAUAUGCACUGUACCAAUCCCAAUAGUGAAAUCUAUCAAAAGGGAGCUGUGACAAUGUUUGCUUUGAACUUGAGCAAACAAGACAAGCAGAUCCUUCUGCACUUCGGUCGAUUCAACAAAAUUAUUCAAUUUCUGCUGCAGCCUGGUGACAAUGAGGAAGGAUUACGUUCACAAUCCGUUAAACUCAAUGGUCAGCUUCUCAAGAUGGUGGAUCACAAGACCUUGCCUGUUAUCAAGGGAAAAGCACUUCAGGCAGCAAGUUCAGUCAUUCUCCCUGCACAAUCUUAUGCAUUCUAUGUGAUUCAGGAUGCCAAAGCACCUGCAUGUCAAUGAGACAACAUCAGAACAAUGGUACAAAAAACAUUGGCUUUGACUUAUUCUUGUGGCUACCUAAUUAUACAAAAUUUCAUGGAAUCUACAGGCUGCAGUAUUGAAAACAUCGAGGAUUUUUAACAGUAAAUGCUGGGAUUAUUAGCAUCUAUGGAGAGAGAAACUGAGUUAAUGUUUUAAAUCAAUUUCCCUGCACUAAUCUAAAUCAUGUUUAUUGUCUCAUGCACUUGUCCAUUUUUGCACAGGUACAGUGAUGAGCUUAUUUGCAGCAGCAUCACAGGCACAAUGUAUCAUAAAAGCAGUAUUCACAAGAAAAGAACCAUAGAUUACACACAGCUUUUACAAGAAAGAAUACAACUAGAACAAAAACAUAGUCCAUUUUAGUGCAAACUGGUCAUAAUGUUGCGAACUGUAUUGAUUAAGAUUAUACUUGCUGCUUCAAGAAGUGAAUGGUUGAAGGGAUGUAGCUGUUUUUGAACCAGGUGGUGUGGGAUUUCAGGCUUCUGAAUCUCCAGCCUAAUGGCAGCUAUGGAAAAAGUGGCAUGGCCAAAUGUUGGUGUUCUUUGAUGGUGGGUAAUGCCUUCUUGAAGCAGUGCUUCCUGUAGAUACUACCAAUGGUGUGGAGGGAUGUGCCUGUGGGUAUUGGGCCAAUUCUACUACUCUGUAGCUUCUGACAUAGUACUAAUGAAGGAUUAUUGCUACUGAAAUACUUACUCUGUUUCUUUUGGCACAGAUACUGCCUAACCAGAUGUACGUAGCCAGAUGUUUUUGUUUCUACAAACGUUGUAUUUCAGAUUUCCAUUAUCUGCAGUUUUGUAAUUGCUUUUCAAGAAUUUAUAAUAUUGAAGAGUAAAAUGAUCAGGAGGAAAGUUUUCACAUGAGCUGUGUUCAACAGGUUACAUUUUUGCAAAUCGGAAAGGAUUUCCAGAUAUUGCUAGAUAAUGUAAGUGGACUUGGAAAUCUGAUGUUGCUGACGCUGCUUGUCUUCUGUUUUCCCAUGUUUUCCUUUUGUCUUUUCUCCUUUCAUUGAUAAAAGGAAAUACAGUCAGACCAUCCAAUAAAUGUUACUUAUUCUCAUUAAGUAUGCUCUUACUUGAAAAAUAGUUUUUAUACUUAGUUCAUGUUGAGUUGGGGGAAGCCCCUCCACUCAGUGCUCACCUCUAGUGUUCGCUUGGUGGAAAGACAAGCUGUAUUACAUUCAUCUACAACUGCACCAGCGCAUGAUAAGGGACUGCUGCGUGCUUUUUCUUGCUGAAACCUGGCUCCAGGGUAACACCCCAUGCACCAUUGAUCUACAGGCCAUGUUUGUAGUGACUAUAUUUUUCUCUGCUAUUGUAUCUAUAUAUGCUAUGUGCGUAAAUAUGUGUGUUACUGUUGGCACUGUGUUUUGCACUUUGGCCCUGAAGGAACACUGUUUCAUUUGGUUGUAUUUGUGUGUAUGGUUGAAUUAUACUUGAACUGAAUUGAAAUCUUUAUUAAUUUUUGGGGGGUUUUAUUUUAAUUUUCUGAUGGGUGUAAAUUUAAAUAUUUGAAGGCAUUUAGGAGUUUUGAGUAUUUAAUCUUUGUUUUAAGUUUAAGAUUUAAAUUAUUUUGUUAUCUUAGGCUUUCAGUUUUCAAACAACUUAGAGAGAAAGUGGGAAAAUCCAUAGAGCAAGGAAGGCGGUAUGCUGUGCAGGACCUCAAAUGCAAAGGUUCCAAUGGCAUUUUCUGAAAAUUUCCACUGGGGCAAUUGCAAAAUGUGCCUAUUUCUUUCUGAAAAUCAAAAAGCAGCCAAUGCUGAAAAUCUGAAAUAUUAACAGAAGGUUCUGGAAAUCGUGUGUCAGACAGCGCUAGUUUUUGAUGAAGGGUCAUUCUGACAGAUUAGCUGUGUUUCCUCCCUAUAGAUGAUGUCUGACCUGUUGGGUAUUUUAUGUACUUUCUGGAUAUAGCCUGUGAGCCAGCAGUGCUCGCUGCCAAACUCAGAAACCAGGCCAAUAUGAAAAUUACAUGAGACAUCAGUAGCCAAUUUAAUGUGUUCCACUGAGGAAAAAGUUUUAUAUGUAAAGAAAAAGUUAUUUUUGAUUGAUGUGGUAGUGAGAAACCUAAUCAGAGUACACACAAUAUCAGUUCUGCCUCUUGUACCUUUUUCAGAGAAUGUAUAUAUUUGGUGUGAUGCAGUGUUAAUGGUCUGAAGUAUUUUUCUGAUUCACUUGUAUUAGUGACUGUUUAAAUGACUGUAAUGUUUCUUGAAGUUUUGAAAAAGACUAUGGCCAUAUUUUUGGCAAAAUUAUUGUAAGGAAGUAUAUCUAUAAAAUAACCAUUAACUCAUUGUUUUUCAAUGUACGAAUAAAAAAACA